AAGAAGAGGAGGAAGAAAGAGGAAGAUGAGAAGGAGGAGGAAGAGGAGGAGGAGGAUGGUUCGGCCGAAUGGCAGCGCUCACGCAUAGGCUGGUCUCACCUGCUCUUGAACACAACACGAGUCGCCCGGCUCACCGCGGCGAGUCAAAAGUGUCCAGUCGAGGUUCCCCUCGGUUUUGACGCACAUGGAUCCUCACCAGCAGCAUCCCCAGCCGUGGGCCCUCGCAGGCUCUCCGGGGGCCCAACGCUCGGAUUUGUGUCAGUAAGUGAUUUGUCACACUCAUGCCGGGUCCGCGUAAAAUGGAAUACGCUGUCUCUUAGCCCCCUUUGGACACAAACAAUGGCACCAUUUGGGUCGUUUUACGCAUUGGAUCUAUUGUUAUUAUCCUCACCGUGGGCCAGCAUGGAUGCUUGAAAGCAAGCAGACUGCAACAAAUAUAGUGUGAGAGAGAAAACACACACACACCUGUGCUUGUUAUUUGAAUAAGAUUACAAAAAAAGAUGGAGCACACGGGCAUUGAGGAGGUGAACCAAACUCACCAGCAGCAGCAACAGCAGCAGCACGAACCCAUCAGUUUCGGCAUCGACCAGAUCCUCAACACCUCGGAGCAAUCCCAGAACGGCUGCAUGCUGCCCAACCGGACCGGGGAUCCCGAGUAUGCCGCGCUGGCCGCCGCCUCCAACGCCGUCUACGGCAACGGCUACGGCGGCGUGUACAACCCGGCUUGCUCCAUGGGCCUGGCCGGCUCCUAUAACGUCAACAUGAACAUGAACGUCAGUAUGAACAUGAACGUCAACGUCAACUCGGCGGCAGCGGGGGCGGCAGGGUCGGGGGCCGGCGGGGUGAUCCGGGUCCCGGCGCACAGGCCCAUGCCGCCGCCUCCACCUCCACCGCCCAACUCGGCUGCAGGCGGGACCCAUCAGCCGCCUCCCGGCCUCGGCCCGGUGCCCGGCAUGGGGCCCAUAGGCAAUGGCAAUUUUACCUUCCCCUGGAUGGAGAGCAGCAGGAGGUUUGCCAAAGACAGACUAACAGGGGAGCAGGCAGAGGAGAGCCGAGCACGAGAGGCCGCGGGGGGGCCGGGGAACGGGGCGGCGGCGGCCGGGCCCCUCUGCCCUCUCCCCAAGGGGGACAUCGGCAGGGUCCCCGUCUGGAGCACGGUGGAGACCUUAGCUAAAUGCUAUUACCCCGAGCUCGCGCACCUGCGAGAUGGCAAUGGCCUCCUCGCAGACUAUUCUUUCCCAAAGGGGGCUUGCCCAGCCGCCCUGUCACCCUUCUCCGUGACCCGCCGCAUCGGCCACCCGUACCAGAACCGCACGCCGCCCAAGAGGAAAAAGCCCCGCACGUCCUUCAGCCGAGUGCAGAUCUGCGAGUUGGAGAAACGCUUCCACCGGCAGAAGUACCUGGCGUCGGCCGAGCGUGCCACGCUGGCCAAGGCCCUCAAGAUGACAGACGCCCAAGUUAAGACGUGGUUUCAGAACAGGCGAACGAAAUGGCGGAGACAGACGGCAGAGGAGCGGGAGGCCGAGAGGCAGCAGGCCAACCGGCUCAUGCUCCAGCUCCAGCAGGAAGCCUUCCAGAAGACCCUGAGCCAGCCCCUGCAGCCCGACCCGCUCUGCCUGCACAACUCCUCCCUGUAUGCCCUGCAGAACCUGCAGCCUUGGGCGGAUGACAAUAAGCUGACGGUCUAAAAAGGCAGGAGGGACCCCCUAACUAAUGGACACCUGUGUACAUGCCCACCUAUCAAGACUGAUCCCCCCCCCAACCCCCUCCCUUUUUACCGCUGGGAGCUUCAAGAGGAUGCAGAGACUUUUGUGCCCAUGUCUGCAAAAAAACAAAAAACAAAAAAAAAAUACCCACCUGGAUUCUCCCUAUGACUUUGUACAAUGUAGUAAUGAAAGAAAAUGCAUGUUUAAAUCCUUUUCUGUAUGCGCUGGCUGGGAGUUCUGCUGUUUGCCAGCACUCCUCAUGGACAAGGACUUCCUUACGACGGUCCAUCUUAAAGGGUGUUUUAUAUUAAAUGAUAUUGUGGCUUUUU